CUCAUUCUGAAUUCACAGAGGUGACAUGGUGUCAACUUCAACGUCAAAGCGAAGAUGUUUGGUGAAUAUUCAGCAAAUUUCAAACAACAGAAACGGUGUCGCAUUAAAUCUUGGAAACAACCGUUUGUUGACGUUGCCAUGGCUCUUUUGUGAUACUUGAAACAUUUCUUAAAGGUAUUUAAAUCAUCUGGACUACCUCAAAACCUCCAGAAGACUUGUUCUGUUGGUCUUUAGCUGGUAAAGCGGUCUUGUUUUUCCCGUUUUAGACAGCAGUAUCUGGCUAAUAUGUCACUGAAUGCGCUCAAUGGCCAACACCUCCGCAUUAUCUGGCCUCGUUGGGAAGGAAACCCAAAAGGACUUUCGGGCGCGCUCAAAGGUGGCGUCAUCAUUGAUUGCUUGGCAGCCCGCUUCAAAUUCAGUUACGAAAUGGUCAGAGUCACUGAGAAUAGAUUAGAGCCGCAAGGAAAGGAACGAUGACUGUUCAGCUAUCUGUUCGAUAAACAAAGCGACUGGAUAGUUUCUGGUGUUUCUUCGACAUUUCAGCGCAACAAGAUUGUUGAUCAGACAACACCCUGGGAUUUUACUAAACUCGGACUACUUAUUCCUGUCCAAGACGAAACGGCCAACAUCAACGCAGUCGUCAAACCUUUUCAAUGGCCGGUUUGGAUAGGACUAAUCAUUUCAAUCCUGUGUGUUAUCGCCGUUUUAAAUCUAAUGCAUCGGUAUCUUGAAUAUCGCUCUCAUUUUGAAACAAGCGAUCACGAAGAACGACUAAAGAAUGGCAAUCAAACAAACCGAGACAAUCGUAUGGUUCUGAAAAGUCAAGCCGGGAAAGAAUACCUUUACGUUUUUGGCAAUUUAUUGUCACAAGGUGGCCCUUACUCGUCAAAACGUUUACCGUUUCGUCUUGUCGCUGGCGUUUGGGUUCUGGCCGCUUUCAUCUUUGUCCAGGCUUACACUUCGUUAUUAUUCACCUACGUCGUGGCCCCAGUUAAUCAGCCGCUCAUUAAUUCCAUCUACGAUAUCGCCGAUAGUAGCGACAUCAAUUUACUCGUCAAAAUAGCAGGAACUCCGGAGACCCUAUUCAUGAACAACAACUGGACGGGAUUUUACGAGAAAAUUCGUGACAGGAUCAAAUCAUUUCCUCAGUCCCGGUGCACCCUGGUGUCCGAUUGCAUCAAUUUAGUCAAACCAGGAUCGAGAAAUGUCUUCAUCGAUGCGGAGCCGUACCAAUUGGAUGCCAUAAGAGAAAAUUUUGAAAAGACCGGUAAAUGCAGCUUGCAGAUUGCCAGGGAUCGCUACCUCACUCUUUUUGUUGUUAUGGCCCUGCAGAAAAAGAGUCCCUACACCAAUACUAUUAACAUAGGGCUGAUGGAACUACAGCAAAGUGGACUGAUUGACUACUGGGACACCUGGUUCCGCCCUAUGCCCCUUCAAUGUUUAGGCAAAAUCCAGUACGGAUACAAGGCACCGAAUAAAAAUGAACAUCCACCGCUUUCCCUGAAGAAUUUGACCGGCGCUUUUAUUAUCCUUUCAGUUGGCUUAAGUCUUUCCCUUUUGGCCUUCCUCUGCGAGAAAAUCUUUUUCCUGUUUAAACGUCACUGCCAUCAGCUGCAUUAAAAUCUGCCGGAGAAGUGACUGAUUAAUUGAGUCCCACUAUCCCCACUUAAAGUCAAUUCGUCACCAUACUAUCGUCACUGAAGCAAACUAAUAUUUGUUAUUGCAUACCCAAUCAGACCUUACACUACAAUGUAUCUUAGAAAUUAGAAUGCUAUUUACUUCUCUUUUAAUUCCUUACUUAAUCGCAUGCUGCUGCUGCUGCUGAAAUAAUUGUUAAAAACUAUCCACAUAAUUGUGCUAGUUUGUGCACUUGUCAAAAUUGUACUCCAUGUUGUAGGAAUUUUGUCAGAAUAUAUUUAUUACAUGGCCAUUUAUUUACUGGA